CCCUUCCCCAAGAGUCCCGAUCCAGGUGCAGCCGCUCGGUCCUGGCUCCCCGUUACCGGCUGCGUGCCCGGGAGCCUCUCGCGCACGCUCCCAGAGCCUCAGUUCCUGUACCUGCAGACCGGGGAUCAGGCAUCUCCAUCGCAGAGUGCGGUGAGGAGGGAGCGCCAUCGAGCUGGGCAGGCCUUCGGCGGACGUCGUGCGUGCGACACACGGGGCGUGUUAGAGGCAUACGCAGUGAUGAAGCACAGCCCGGUCCUUUGACAGUGAGGGUUGGCGGCAGGAGUCCUGGCCCAUCCUGAGAGGGAAUCAGGAGUUGUCCUUCCUGUGUUAAGGAAGAAAAGACCUCAGACACUAGCAAGCCUGCGGGGAUGGGGGUCUCGUCGCUGCUUUGCUGUAAGAUGGGCAGCUUCCUAACCGCCCUGGGCUUUGGUUCUGCCAUCUGGAUGAUGACGAAGCUCACAGGGAAGCGGAGAACCCUGCACGUUGUGACUGGUCAGUGGACGUGAGCUACAGUCGUGUCAUCGUGGUUAGGAAAGGGAAGAGUCCGGGUGACAACAUAGUAAUAGGACCAAAGGAAAAUCCACAGGGAGACCUGCCACGCCCUGCCACUUGCUGAUGUGAAGUUCCUGCCUCCCUGGACAGGGACUGCUGGUUGCCUGGCCACAGCAAGGCUUCCCCUGCGAAGGGCCACACUGUGCUCACCCAAGCCCUGGGGCUCUGCUUGCAAAACCUUUCACCCCAUGCCGUCCCUGUCACUGCUGUGGUGCCCGGCAACAGGGGCAGCCCAGUCUACCUGCCUGUGCAUCAGACCUGGCCAUCCCUGUCUGGGGUGGCGGAGGACCCCCAGCUCAGGGCAGACAGUGGUUCAGCAGUGCUUGCUGUGGACGCCUCCCAGGAGCUACUGAGAACUCGGCCUGCCACACCUGCUCGUGUUUCCUGUGUCUGAUUUGUGCCUCCUUCCACAGUGUCUUCUGACUACGUGAGUUCAGCCCUGUCGCUCUGGGCCCAGAGGCCCAUCGGGAUCUGUUACACACUGGGGUCUGAGUGUCGCCUGUGAGAACUGUUUUUUUUCAAUUUGUAGUUUCACCUUGAAAACUUGGCACACUGAGUGCUGCGUCCCCUUUGUGAACCUCAUGUCAGGUUCCCGUUGUUCGGUUCCUGUCUGUGCCUGUGUGUGAGCGCAGCAGGGUGUAGUAGUGCCACUCUGUACCCUGAGAGGACCACAGAGGCAGGUUUUACUUCUAGUGUCCCCGUGUGCCCAGCAAAAGCAGAUGACACAGCAGGCUGCGGCGAGCAGAGGGGCUGUGUCACUUGGAAGUGGGGCAGUCAGGUUGCUGGAGCCCCUCAGGCUGGAGUGGCCCCCUGCCCACGCACACACCCUGGGCACAGCCUUCGCUGAGACUGGCAGCACAGGCACCAGGUGAGCCAGACCGGAUUCCACAGGUUCCCCCUCCUGCGUCCAGGCAUCAGCUGCUGGCUCAGGAUUGGCAUCUGCAGCUUUGAGUUUGCUUUCUCUUUCUCCUGUCACAGUGUUAGUUUAAGAAUGUGAGCUCUUAGUGACUAUUACAUGUGCUUCAAAAUUAAACAUGCUAAGUUUACAGGGGCACUCGGAAGCUGGCGGUGUUUUGCCAAAGGAUAGCCAUCUUUGCCAGAAACUGUGCUCGCCUAUAAAUGUGCCAGUGUCGGUAACACUAGAGUGACCUGCGAUUUGGUGCACAUGUAAGCAUCUCUUACUAGUGCCGACACCACAUAGCACUUGUGGUGGGAAAGAGAUGAUGCUGAAGGUAAAUUUGGUCUUUACCCACCGUGUGUAGAUGCAUUCAUGCAGGGCCCAAGGCUUCCGUAGUUCAGCACUCGUAAAUUCAGCCUGCAUUUGGGAUAAAAUACUUUUCAGUGAGAAAAGGAAUUCUGUUGUUGUCAGGUGUAAAUAUGAACAGUCCUUCAGAUCUGAUUUUGCUCACCUAAACCAUGCCACGUUCCUGGGCUGGGUGUCUGGUGAACCUGUGUCUGGCAGGUGCUGGCUGCCUGCCCCAAGUCCCAUGGCCCUGCUGCUGGAGGGCUGACUGACGUCUGGCAGUCUCACAGCUGGACGCAGAGUGAAGCCAAAGGAGGGAGGCGUUAGACCAGAGCUGGCGGGUGUGGCCUGUCCUUACCAGGCAGCAGGUCCCCAGCCCCCACCCGCGGGCCGGUGUGGUCUUCUUCACUCCCAUCCUUGUGGUUGCCAGGGGUUAUAGAGUGGGACAUCGCACAUUUCAAAUGGAUCUGGCUUCUCCGGAAAAAUCAGGGUGUGCCACCUUCCUCCAGUCCACGUGUCUGGCCCUGACCCCGGUUACUGUAUUUGGAGAUGGGGUCUUUAGGGGAGCUGUGGCCGGGCCCUAAUCUGACAGGCCUGGGGUGCUCCUUUCUCUCUCCCAGCACGCACAGAGCUAAGGCGGUGGACACAGUGCAACUGAAGCUGUCUGCAAGCCCAGAGGGGCCUCGCCAGACAGGGGCCUCCAGAACCGUGAGGAAAUACACUUCCCUCGUUUACGCCCCACUGUGGCGGUGUAGCAGCCCACGCUGACUGAGAACUGGCCAGCAAGGCAGGGAAGAACUUUUGUCAACUUAUGGAGCCCUUGCAACAGGGGAAGGGAAACAAGUCAUGGGGUGAGUCCCUGAGUGCGCCCCCUAAAGGGGCAAGGUGAGUGGGGUGCAGUCCCUGUGGGAUGUGAGGUGAAGCUGUGUCGCUUACUUGGUUCCUGGCUGUCACUGUUGAGUAGAAAGAAGCCCUAACGGAAAUGUAGCUGUGGCAGCCGAAGUGUUCGGAGGCCCGUGUCAGAGACUCACUGGUGAUCCUGUCCACAUGGGAGCAGACUGCCUGGCUGCCUGGCUCGUGAGUUGUGCAGUUGGUUGAAGCCCGGGCAGCCCAGUCUCCAGACCCCUGCUUUACCUACCACACUGUUCAUUUCUCCACUCCAGCAAAGCUCUCUCCCCGUUUUCCCCCUUGCAAGGCCACUCAGGAAGCGGAAGUGCCUUCUGUCCUGCCUUCUGUCAGUCCCAUGCCCGCCUAGUCCGGGGCCUUCCACCUCCCACCCUGGCUCCUGUUUGCCCCACAGGCCCCACCCUCCACGUCUCCCAAGUGCGCGCUUUGCCCCACGGUCCCGAGCGCAGUGCUUGGCUGCCAUUGGCCACCGCGCACACAGCCGUCUGGGCCCAAGGAAGACCCUGGUCUCCUGCCUGCUGAUGGCCACUGCCCACGUCCCCACCACUCCCCAGGCUGCCCUGGACCACGGACGCGGGGGACAGGGUGUGCAGGUUGGAGGUGGCCGCCCCUCUUUCCCGAGGGCCUUGCUGCCGGACGGCCCCUGGGUGGCUCAGCUUUUGCUUCCCAGCUGAGAUGAGCGUGAAGCGUGUGCCAGUUUAUGCUGUGUGCACGCCUGCCUCUCACCUCCCCAGGGAGAGUAUUGAUUCAUUUCUCCAAAUACUAAUUUAUGUCUUUCCUCUCUUCACAAUUCUCUUGGCAUUUGUAAGCGAUUUAUUUAUGUUUCCCUUUAAGCUUUCUCUUACAUCAAACCCACACAGAAGAGUCACGUAAAGGGUCCCGUUCCCCUCUUCCAGCUUCAGAAUCCUGCCUUCCGCUCAGUCUCCAUUCCUGUUCCAUGGAGUGUUUUAGAGUUCACAGUAUAUGUAUCACUUCAGCCAUAAAGACCCAUAUUCUCUUGUUUCUAAAGUUAUCUGUUUUUAUAGCUUUUUAUUUUGAAACAGUUUUACCUUUGCAGAAAAGUUGCAAAAACUACUUCGGCCAUCUUCCCUUCAUGGUGACAUCUUGCAUAGCCAUCGAAGAAUGACCCAAGUCAGGACAUUCACACAACACUUAGCAAACUGCAGACCUUGUUCCCGUUCUGCCAGUUGUCCUAGUGUUAACCUUCUUCUGGCGAGGACGCAAGCCAGGUCCCACGCUGCAUUUCAUUGCUGUGUGCUGAGUGUCCGGCUGUCCUCUGAGCAGAGACAGCUCCUCACCCUCCUGGUUCCUGGGCCCCUCACUCUGCUGACGAGAACUGGCCAGAUGCUGGGAAGAACGUCCCUCCAUCCCUCCGCUUGAGUUUGACGUCUUCUCCUUCACUGGCCCGCAGAGCUCAUUCAGAGCUAGAACUGGAGCUGGAACCGAAGUUCACGACGAGAAACGGACAGAACCGGUGUAGGUUGUGUGAGCAACCACAAAAACAGGCCCGCAUUGCUCCUCGAGUGCACACAGUGAUGGGCACAGCCCGCCUGGCCGGAGGCUCGUCCCCACGGCUGUCAUCCCCUUAGCCCUGCAGUGGUGGCCUUAGGAUGCACCUGUCUGCAGUGCUCAACGCCCUGCUCGUGUCGGUGCUGGCAGCCGUGCUGUGGAAGCAUGUUCGGCUGCGUGAGCAUGCAGCCAGCCUGGAGGAGGAGCUGGCCCUCGGCCACCAGGCCCUUGAGCCUGGGGCAGCGCUGCACAUCGACUACCCCAAGGCCCUGCAGAUCCUGACAGAGGGCGGCACGCACAUGGUGUGCACAGGCCGAACGCACACGGACCGUGUCUGCCGCUUCAAGUGGCUCUGCUACUCCAGCGAGGCUGAGGAGUUCGUCUUCUUCCACGGCAACUCCUCCGUCAUGCUGCCCAACCUGGGCGCCCGGCGCUUCCAACCGGCGCUGCUCGACCUGUCCACCGUGGAGGACCACAACACGCAGUACUUCAACUUCGUGGAGCUGCCCGCCGCCACCCUGCACUUCAUGCCCAAGCCUGUGUUUGUCCCCGAUGUGGCCCUUAUUGCCAACCGCUUCAACCCCGAGAACCUCAUGCACGUCUUCCACGAUGACCUGCUGCCCAUCUUCUACACACUGCGCCAGUUCCCAGGCCUGGCGCGUGAGGCCCGGCUCUUCUUCAUGGAGGGCUGGGCCGAGGGCGCCCACUUCGACCUCUACAGGCUGCUCAGCCCCAAGCCGCCCCUGCUGCGGGCCCAGCUCAAGACCCUUGGCCGCCUGCUCUGCUUCUCCCAUGCCUUCGUGGGUCUCUCCAAGGUCACCACCUGGUACCAGUAUGGCUUCAUGCAGCCGCAGGGCCCCAAGGCCAACAUCCUCGUGUCUGGCCACGAGAUCCGGCAGUUCGCGCGCUUCAUGACAGAGAAGCUGAAUGUGAGCCACGCCAGGGCCCCGCUGGCCGAGGAGUACAUUCUGGUCUUCAGCCGCACCCACAACAGACUCAUCCUGAAUGAGGCCGAGCUGCUGCUGGCGCUGGCCCAGGAGUUCCAGAUGAAGACGGUGACGGUGUCCCUGGAGGAGCACGCCUUUGCGGACAUCGUGCGGCUGGUCAGCAACGCCUCCAUGCUGGUCAGCAUGCAUGGGGCGCAGCUGGUCACCGCGCUCUUCCUGCCCCGAGGCGCGGCCGUGGUGGAGCUCUUCCCCUACGCUGUCAACCCCGACCACUACACGCCCUAUAAGACUCUGGCCACGCUGCCCGGCAUGGACCUGCAGUAUGUCGCCUGGCGGAACCUCAUCCCGGAGAACACAGUCACGCACCCCGAGCGGGCCUGGGACCAGGGUGGCAUCGCACACCUGGACCGCGCUGAGCAGGCCCGCAUCCGGCAGAGCCGCGAGGUCCCACAGCAUCUCUGCUGCCGGAACCCCGAGUGGCUGUUCCGCAUCUACCAGGACACCAGGGUGGACAUCCCGUCCCUCCUGCAGGCCAUCCGGCGUGUGGUGAAGGGCCGGCCAGGGGCGCGGAGGCAGAAGUGGGCGGUCGGUCUGUUCCCUGGCAAGGUGCGGGAUGCACGGUGCCAGGCAGCGGUGCAGGGUGCCUCCGAGGCCCGGCUCAGCGUGUCGUGGCAGAUACCCUGGAACCUCAGGUUCCUGAAGGUGCGGGAGGUGAGGUACGAGGUGUGGCUGCAGGAGCAGGGUGAGAACACCUACGUGCCCUACAUCCUGGCGCUGCAGAACCAUACCUUCACUGAGAACAUCAAGCCCUUCACCACCUACCUGGUGUGGGUCCGCUGCAUCUUCAACAAGAUGCUGCCCGGGCCCUUUGCAGACGUGCUGGUGUGCACCACGUAGCAGGCAGGCUGUGCCGGGCAGGGGGCCCCGGGCCUGUGACCCGCCCAGGUCCGGGCCUGCGGGGGUGACUGCAGUGAUUGGUUAGUUUAUUGAGCAGACUGCCCCGCACCCUGUUGUCUCCCCGCCAGAUCCCUCCUCUGUCCUGGUUGUCCGUAAGGAGAGCUCCUUAGCAGGAGGAGGGCGUGAGAAGGAGGGGAGUGAGAACCCAGGACCCGCUGUGGCUCAGUGACCUCGCUCUUUCCUACCAAGUCCUGGGGUUGGGGUUCAGGCCCCCGGGAGCCGUGUGAUCGCAUGGUUGGCAGUUGCUGUGGUCACGAGGUUCACCAGUGGCCCAGUGGCAGUGUGUCCAGAGCAGUCAGUAAGCGAUGGUGAAGGCCUCUGUCGAGUGUCCUCGCUGGGCCAAAGGAAAGUGUCAAGGUGGGUGCUCUGCCACCUGUCGUCCGAUGGUCUCCUGAGGAGGUCGUGGAGCGGCGGGCUGCGCUGCUCCAUCCCCAGCCCUGUGAGGUAGAAGCUGGAGUGGGUGGGAGAGCGUGUGGGGAGGAAGAGGCAUCCCCGGGGCCUUCCCUCGGGCUCAGCCAGAUCCUCAGGCCCAACACCUGGGCAUACUGUCCCUGCUGGCAGGUUCCCCUGAAGCUUCGGGGCCCCUGAGGGCCUCUUCUCCCGGGGACUGCUCACGUGGGACGAAUGCCAUCCUCUUCAGCAGCUGCAUGGCCGCCUUGGCUCAGGGGCCCCGCAGGUCCCAGUCCCUUCAGAGCCCACGGUCACAGCCCCAGUGCCCAGCGCUGCUGAGCUGAGGGGCCACAGCGGUGGCUUCUCAGCCCAUGCAGCCCAGCUGCCGCUCACCGUCCUGAGUCCUUCUUCCCUCAGCAGCUCCCCAGCCCUGCCCCUGACGUCCAGGAAGUCUGGCUCCAAGGUAAGAGGGCACUGUUCAGAUCAUCCUGGGAGGAGGAGACUGUGCAGGAAGAAGGGCAGAGGUGUGGCUGACCAGAAAGAGCCCCAGUCUGUGGCUCUGUGCAGAGAAGGCACCUCCAGCCUUGGGUUCCUGGGCCAAAGCUGUCUUCUGUGGUGUUCCUGCUGCCCAGUCACUGGUCCAUGGCUCAUCUUCAUGGGUGCCAUGUGCCUUUCCCUGACCGUGGCCUCCAUCUGCCACUGUCCCAGCUCCCACGUGAGUCCACACACAAGACCUAACUCAGAGCCAGAAGUCUGGACAUGGAUGGGGGAGGCAGCCACAUACUAGUUCAUCUGUAAAUUUGAUAUAAUCCCAGUCAAACCACCAAAGGGAUUUGGAGGGCAGUGGGAGAGGAAAGCUUGAUUCCUGUCAUAUUUCAGAAUGCACAGAAGUCGCAGAGAAAAAAGGAUGGAAAGAUGGGAGCUGGUCCUACCGUAUAACAAAAAAAUAAAGGAACUCAUUAAAACAGUGUCA